CUCUCCUGCAUCCCUCACCCACACCGACGAGAUGGACAAUUCCGAGGCCAGCACAUCUAGCGCGGCUUCAUCUUCGGCAUUCCAGUCGGACAAACAGCAACCUUGCGCGAUCUGCAAGCAGAAGGUCGCAAUCUACACCUGUCCUCGCUGCUGCUUGAGAUCAUGCUCUCUGCAAUGCUCCACGACGCACAAGUCGACCUCCGGAUGCUCUGGUCAGCGCGACAAAGCAAAGUACAUACCCUUGAAAGAGUACGGCUACGGCGCGCUUAUGGACGAUUACACCUUCCUCGAGGACAUCGGGCGCCAUGUGGGGGACUGGGGGAAGGAGAUCGCGAAGCAGGGGUUGACUGCGGCCUCUUCGACUGGUGUGGCGCGCGGGAUGGCGAGGAUGCGCGGGGGGAAUAGGAAGCAGGGAGGCAGGCAGUCGGCGAAGAGAGAUGUACUGAAGAUGCAGCUGGAAGCGCACGACAUUGACAUCGACUUCUUGCCGAGUGGGAUGGAGCGGAAGAAGCUCAACCAGUCGACGUGGGACUUCAAAGCGCAGAAAGCGUUCCUGACCGUCGAGUUCAAGUUUCACCACGAGAAAGACACAUACUCCGUCCUAUGCCAUCGAAAUCGCACAGAUGCUACGCUCCUCUCCAUCCUCCAUUCCAGUAUAAGACUCCGCAAGAACGCCCCCGACUGGCUAUCAUCCACCUUCCCCCUUGACUUCGACUCCCCCGCUCUCCCCACUUUCACCACGACGAUUUACGACCCAAUGCACUCUGCGCACCACAAGCUCGACGUGCACAAAACUCUCUUAGAUGUUCUGCGCGGAAAGCACUUCGUCGAGUUCCCCACCAUCGAGCUGUGGUCAGGGGAUACAUUCUCCGGCCAUGUCAUCGUCGGUGGCACUGGCGAAGGAUCUACCGUGCAAAUACGUCGACAGUGGAAGGACGUGCAGCCGUAUCGCCCGCCACGAGCGAUGAAGAAGCGGAAGGUGGGGGAUGGGAAGGCGCUCAAUAUCUUGGGCGAAUACGGGAGCGACAGCGACGCCAGCUCGGAUGCGGAGCCCACCAAUAACGCCUUGCAAGGGUUGCAAACCUACGAAGACGAGGGAAGCGAUGAGAACGUUCCUCCAACUGCUGACGACGAAGAUUCGAUGGAGGAGGAGGGCGAGGAGAAUAGUGCGGAUGCAGACGCGGUCGAGACGGAUCCACAGGUGCUUGCGAAAUUGUUGCAGGAGGCGCGAGCGGCGGGUAAGUGGAAGGAGGAGGAUGACGAGGUACUAUCGGAUGGUGAAGAGGAGGUUAUAUACUAGCACAUGCAGACUUCUUCGAAGAUGUUGGCGGGACUUAUAAGAAGUCAGCGAGGCCUUGCAUGGUGACGGC